AUGUCGACAUCCACUCCUACCUCGCAAUCUACCUAUCCUUCUCCCAACCAGCCCUUGUCGACCAUGGGCCCUGCCGACGAGCUCCUUGAUCCACGGCGACGUGAUCUUAUCGCACGACUCUCUCGAUUUAUGGAAAAUCCAGAAACUGAUUCGAUCGGAUGGGCUUGCUUGUGGUUUGCAGAUCUCUCUACAAUGGAGGAUCUUAUCAAAGCCUGUGAACAGAAUCCGCCAACCGUCUCCCGUCAUAUAUCCGCUGCUCUGAAGAAGAAUGACCAGAGAGCACAAGCUAUCAGAGCUUGGGCAUCUGCACGGUCCAGUGAAGACUCGGGAGAGCCUUCUGCAGACGAAGAAUCAGACACAGAAGAGCCUCCAACUAAGAAGCGCCGGCUUACUUCGGAUCCUUGUCGUGCAAAAGAGCUAUGCGAGGAGCGAGAUGAUGAGAAGUGUGUUCUCACCGGUUGCACUGUUCCAGUCGAAGUGGUGCACAUAAUCCCCAGAAGCCUCGGCAAGGGUGAAGAGGGACUCAGCGACUUUUGGGAAGCUUUAGAGUGUUACUGGUCCUCAGAAAAUGUCAGCGCCUGGAAGGAACAGGUCUUAGACCCAGAUGGAGUCGACACCUGUUCUAAUCUCAUGUGUCUGGUGAAUGUGGCCCGCAGAUUAUGGGAACUUGCGGUGUUUGCCUUGAAACCUCUGUCCCUGAGUGAGGAUAAAAGGCAACUUGAAGUACAAUUCUAUUGGCUGCCGAUGAACAGGUACCGACAGACAAUGCCAGUAACGGCCAUCCCCAGUCCUUUCCCUCACGAUCUUUCCAGCACGAAUGCUGGAUAUACAACCGUGCUACGUAAUAUUGUCACGCACUCGACGAUAUGCUCUGGGGACAUCUUUACCUUUAAGACUGAUGACCCAGUGGGUCACCCCCUUCCAUCCAUGCAGCUACUGAACAUGCAGUGGAUUCUAACUCGGGUCCUUGCCCUCAGCGGCGCCGCCUGGGUGACCGAGGAAGAGGAAGACCAAUAA